CGAAGCUGAGAGCCGAGCAGGAAGGGAAAUUAACGAAGGCAGGAGAGGCUUUGAAUGCUAACAAGCGUUAUAGCUUUAACUACAAUAGUAUCCGCCGCUGUUUAGCCUAAAAGGUGAAGAGUUUUUUUUUUUUGUGCCGAAAACAUCUAACGAUGGAGUCGGCGAACUAGUAGCCAACCACGAUUGCAAAAGCCCAACACCUGGUAACCCGCCGAACUUGGGAGAGCAAGCGAAGGCUAUGCGCCAGCUGCAGAAUUCACCAUCAUCAUCAUCGGUGCCGCUACCUUCAUCUUUUUCAGUUGAAGUGAAAUGUAUUGCCUAGUCUGUAUGGGAGACGGAUCUUACACUUACUGACCAUUACCAUGGAGAUAGAGAAUAUAGUCGCCAACACGGUGCUGCUGAAGGCGAGAGAAGGUGGAGGAGGGAAGAGGAAUGGGCGCAGUAAGAAAUGGAAGGAGAUGUUGAAACUUCCCCACAUCAGUCUGUGUGAAGAGCUACGCUGCACCAUCGACAGGGACUAUACCAGUCUGUGUGAGAGACAGCCGAUUGGUCGAUUGCUGUUCCGUCAGUACUGUGACACCAGGCCAGAGCUCAAACGUUGCAUCGAGUUCAUGGACUCUGUGGCCCUGUACCAGCUCGCUCCGGAUGAGAAGAGGAAGGACUGUGGAAUUAGAAUGUUGGAAACGUACUUUAACAACGGGUCGGCAGCCCAUCUACGAGAUAUACCUCAGGAGUUGGUAGGGGAGUGUCGUGAGAAGCUGGAACAGACGCCCUGCAAGGAACUCUUCAACGACUGCUGCAA